UUUUUAAUUAAUAAAAAAUAAUAUUUGAAAGAAAAUAUUUCAUUGUUGUUGAUGAAUAAAUUAGCUUGAUUAAAGUUUAAUUGUAAAAGAAAAUAAUUAAAUAAUGGCUAAUACUGGAGGUUUUAUUGCACAUCUUGUUAAAUUAAUUGUGAUGAUUUUGUGUAUAAAAUAUCUUGGUGAUGCAUACACAACAUUGACACUUCGUGCCUAUCAAAUAUACAUCAUUCAUUCAAUCAUUGGAUUAUUCAGAUUUGGUAGCAAUGGUGGCAUUAUUGUCAAGAGAUCAUUUCGUAAAUUUUAUGAUAUAUUUUCAAAUAUCGUUGAGAUAAUACCAUUUGCAAUAUUAUCCAAUGAAAUAUCAUGUAAAUGUCAUGUUGAUGAUCUACUUCGUCAGUCAUUAUUAUUAAUUUUAACAACUUUACCAAUUGUUUAUGAAAUAAUGCCAAAAAAAGAACGUCAAAUGACAAAAAAAUUAUUAAAUCAUACAAUUAAUUUACAAUUAUUAAUAAUAUUAUUUGUUUGUUUAAACAAUGGAUCAUUUAGUUGUAUUAAUUUUAUACUAGCUUAUGUAUUUAAUAGAUAUUUUGUGGAAACUUUAUGUGACUCUUUUGAUAUACCAUAUGAUGAUUUGAGUCAAUACAGUCUCAGUUUUGUUGCAAUAUUUUCACUCACAACACUCAAAGAAUUAACAAAUUAAUAUUUUAUAUAUACAUUUUAAAAUAAGAAAAUCAUGUAAUUAAAUAUUUACAUUUUAUAUUUAAU